UUAUGGACACUAAAAUGUCAUCGGUGGUAAUGGCGGAGUGGGUGUACAUUACGGAAAGGGGGCAGAGAAAGAAAUUAGAACAUUUUUGCAAAAGGAUGUGUAGAACAGUUUGUAGUUAACUAAAUAUGAGUUGGCUGCGCAACAGCCCUUUAAGGGCAAGUUUCGGGAAACGCAGGCCGUCCAGCUCACCACCAAAAGAUUGUGAUCCCACUGCUUGCUAUGACAGUUUCAAAAAACAUUGGCAACAAAUACAUGAAAUCAUAGAAAGAACUCAAGUACCUAAUGGUUAUCCUAUUCAGGAUGAUGUGCUAGGCGUUGUCAACCAUUUGGAACACAUGGUGACAUUUCUGUUACUAGAGUUAAGAACAGCUGGAAACAGUCCAAGCAAUGAAAACUGCCAGUCUUGCCCUUGUUUGGAUUUUCUGCUCAGUGAGAAUCUGUUAGACAAGCUGUUUGCAUGGAGCAUUCACACUGGAAAAUAUGGAAAUGCCAUCCGUUUGGAGCAGCUCAAGUUGUAUGAGCUGCUGGUCAGUCAUUCUCGUCACCAGCUGCUAGUCCAUGAACCAUUUGUCCGCCCUUUACUUAGACUACUCUCUUCAUGUACUGGUGAGGUUUUUCCUGUGGAAGUGGAGAAGAAACUUGUCGUGUUGCUCAACCAGCUGUGCGUGUCGCUGAUGCAAAAUAUCGAGCUCCUUGACCUCUUUUUUUAUGCCUCUCCAGAUCAGGGUCCAGCCAAAUUUGUAAUCUUCACGCUCCUGAUUUGUUUUGUUCACCGAGAGGGUGACAUUGGGCAGCAGGCUCGAGACGCUUUGCUGCUCUGUAUGUCUCUGUCCAAAAAGAAUGAGAGUGUGGGGUCCUACAUUGCAGAGCACUCUAAUGUUUGCCCAGUGCUUGCAACAGGACUGAGUGGACUGUACUCACUGCUCCCACGCAAACUAGUGAUUGAGACUGAGGACUGGUAUUGUCUUACUCCAGAUGAUGUGAAUGACAUCACGGAGCUGACAGUAUUCAUGAACUCAUUGGAAUUCUGCAAUGCUGUUGUUCAAGUUGCGCAUCCUGUUGUAAAGAGGCAAAUGCUGGAAUUUCUGUACCAGGGAUUUCUUGUCCCAGUUAUGGGACCUGCACUCUUACAGGACUCUGUGGGACUUUCUCUUGAUCGCUUAGAUUCACCACAAGAAGCGAGUACUGUGGAAGAACUGGUAGCUGCCACUGCAUACUUUGAUCUGUUCCUGCGAAGUGUAACAGAACCAGGUCUUCUUUAUUCAUUUGAUAAAUAUGAUGGUGAGAGGAUCGUUGACAGCCUUAUCCAAAGGAUUAACACCAAAUCACGGUUAUGUUUGGUGACCUUGGCAUUAUUCAAGACCCUAGUGGACCUGAAUUGUGAAGAUGUCAUGUUGGAGCUAGUUUUCCGUCAUCUAGUGCCAUGCACCCAUGUGAUGUUGUCGCAAAGGAAAAGAGUUCGUGAUAUUGACCCAUAUUGUCAUAGUUCAGACAAGUUCCUCUCCUUGUCUCCAGCAUGUUGCAACUUAUCAGUUCCUACUGUCCGUCCCUCGGUUGCUCCAGACUAUAGCCCGCAUUCUCUCAUCUCUCCCAGCCCUUCUCUGCCAGCCAUGCUUACCCCAUCCGCCCAUCACAGACGUAGUAUGUCGUUUUCUGAAUAUCAGCCAGUAUCCCUGCCGUCCACUAGCACACUCUAUGGUCUGAAAGGUGAAAGCUUGUAUGGAAAUUACCAUGCCUAUCUUUGUGAUGCAAGGAGAAGGAUCAAAGAAUGCGCUAUUGCCUGUGUAAACUGGACCUAUCCAUAUGAUGGAGAGAAUCCGCCCCACGACGCGUUAAGUGCAAAGAAAGAGAACAGGAACUGUGAUAAUAACCAAAGUCAGUGUUGUGAAGAAAGUGUAAAUACAGAGGACUUAGAUAAUAAUAAAGGAAUUAAAGGGCUUAAAAUGGAAUCAGUUCUUCCAGUACCUGAGAAAGAGGGUUCAGAGAGUAUAAACAUGACAGAAAAGUGCGAUGGGGAUUAUGCUGAUAAUUCUGUGCCCUCUUUUGUGGAUGUAGGCAAGUCAUCCAUUGAAGAGGAACAGAAAUCACAAUCUGAACUUACCAGAAAAAAAUGUGAUGUGAUGUCUGCAAUAAUGGAAAGUGAACCCUGCAGUAAUUCUGAUGACAUAGACAGUAAUAACACCAGCAACAGUUGUGUCACAAAUGUUGCGCCAAAUUAUCACAGUUUACCGUCCAUCGGUGAAAGUAGUGGUUAUGAAAGUUUUGCUCUUAAAGGAUCAUCGGAGUCAACGCCUGAGAAUGAACCUUGUGAUGAUCGGCAAACGGACUCUGAUCCUGGUGUGUCAUUGGACCAAAGGACACAGACAAGUGAACUGAAAAGUAAGGAAAGUAGCUCCGUAUCACAGUUGAAAGAAACUUCAAGAGAAAGUAGCUCAGAGGGAAGUGUCGGUAAUUCAGAUACAUCUCACAAAAAUGUACCUCGACAUCGACUAGGCAGUGGAAGUUCUAUUUAUUCACGAACUGAAGAUCUUUCUUAUUCAAAGUCUGAAUUAUGGCAGUUUAGUCGAAAGUUCUCUCGGGAAGGAUCAUACCUAGACAUCUUCAACACAACACCAGACAUUGGUCCAUUCCUUGAUGUGAUUCUAAAGAAGCUAGAAGCCUUGCUGUCAAACAGUUUGUACGUGAACCUGCACCUUACUGGUCUCAUCUCCCGACUUGCUGUAUACCCCCAGCCUCUGCUGCAUUCUUUCCUGCUCAGCCACUCUCUUGUCUUCCAACCAAGUAUCCGCUCACUUUUUCAGGUUUUGGGUUCGCUUAAACAGAAGAUAGAUCAGUAUCUGGCACGGCAACCAUGUACUGAAGAGUUGGUAGCUCAGGCUCAAAAUUUCCUUCUGAAGCGUGAAAAUAAGCUGGUCAAUGCACGGAAGCAUGCACUGGAAGAAUUAAAUCCAAACGUCAGCUUCAGUAACCCCAACAUUAGUGGUGGCAACAGUGUGAACAGUAACAGCAGUAGGAGAAGCUCCUUGGUGAGCGAUGCAUUCUCAAGAGGGGAACCAAAAAGGCGCAGUUUAACAUCGGCAUUGUCAUCAGUGUUCCGACGUGCUCCACCCCAAACAAUCCGGGAGAGUCAGUUGGAGAGUUCAGAUCCAGGACCCAGUCACUUUAGGUAUUCACAUCAGUCCAUUCUUAUGUCAGAAACGGCAGAACUACGGAAUAUAGUGAUGUGCGCUGUUCUUCUUGAUGAAUGGCUGAAGGAAUUAGCAUCAAUCACACAGGAGCAGGCUUUGGCAACUGUGGGAAUUGGAUUACAUGAAUUUUGGUGAACCUUUAUAUGAGAGCUGCUGGUAAGCGUGUUCUUUUAUUUUUAAACAGACAACAUUAAAGAACCUCUUCACACUUUCCUGUUUCUGCCUCAUGUAGUAGCUGGUCCGUUCUGAUUGGAUUGUUAAGUUUCUUGUAUAGAUGGGACCAGAAUUGUCUUCUCAUCUUCAGUACUUUAUUGGCUGGUUUCCUGUGCAAAUAAAAUGGCCUGUUUCAGUUUCACUGGGCAUGUCCAUUUGUCUCUUCCUUUCUUGUCUUUCUCAAAUAAUUUUUGGUCAGUCGGCUCAUCCAAAUUCCCGCACAUAUUCAGAUGCUUAUGGGCUCAUAUUUGUUUAUGUGUAUUUUUCGACUCCAGUCUCAGGCUUAUCGGUAGAUCAGCCAUAUAAAGUAAAUGCAUUGCUUGUUACAUCCCUAUUAUUAUUACAGAGUGUACUUCUGUUUAUUUUAAUUGUAUGAAACAGUUCAUAUCUAAUGUAUAUGUUCAGGGAAAAAGAAAAUUCCCUAUUGACAAUUUAUUUUUCAUUAGGGAUAUUUAGUGCUGUGACUCUGCUCAUAAGUAGAAUUUAAUUAAAAUUUUUAGACUCUGCCAUCCCUGUCUAAUGUGUUUUUUCCUUCUUCUUCUUCUUCAUUGAGCACCAUUUUGUGUUAACUACUUUUUAGGAAAUAGGUUUGUGUUAAUUGGACAUCUGUUAGUGAUAUAAACAUGUAUAACAGAACUUGAAUAAAAUCUGCUGAUUUGCUCAGCACAGGAAAGGACAGACAAA